AUGCUUGAGCCUUGCAGUUCAAGUGAUUCUGAUGAUGAUAUUGGUGGGGAAUUCUUGAUUCAAGCCAACACACAUAAGCGCCAAAAAAUUCAAGAAGAUGAUAAUGCUGAUGGUAUCGAAAGUGCCGAGGUUGUUCCUGAAGGAAGACAAGCUAGUUUGGAAAUUGGGGAGAUAAAAAAUAAUGUUGAUGCAAAUAGAAACAAAUCUGGUCGUGGAAGAGGAAGUUCUGGUUCAGGUAGCAGACGUGGUUCCAAAUCUAAUGAUCAGACCAGAACACAAAUUUCUUCUGCAACAGUUUCAGCUUCAAAUGGUCAGAAUGAGAAUGUAUGUCAUAAAGAUGGUAGACUCAAAGAUCAGUUUCAUAAUGAUAAUAGUGCUUCAUUAGAGGAGGAGAAUGCAUCUUUACGCACAAAAAUUGUUGCGUUGGAGGAAGACUUGCGUAAAGCAAAGCAAGAAACCUCUGAGCUUCAGAAUCUUUGUCCACGUUUAGAAAAGGAACUGAAAGAUCGUGAGGAGCAAAUGAAACCUAAGAGAACAAAAAUAAUAUCUGAUUUGCUGAUAUCAGUUUCAAAGGCUGAGAGACGAGAAUCAAGGCUAAAAGUACGUCAGGACUCUUUGAGACUCGGAAAUGUUGGUGUAAUCAGAGCUGGAACUGUCUUAUCUGAGACCUGGGAAGAUGGUCAGGCGUUAAAGGAUCUGAAUGCCCAGCUUAAACAACUGCUAGAAACAAGAGAGGCUAUUGAUCGACAACGCAAGUUAUUAAAGAAAAAACAAUCUGAUAAGGGACGUGAUGUGAUAGAUGCAGAGGCUGGAUUGCAGGAAGAUAUUCUCAUUCAUGAGGAAAUCUAUAAGUCUCGACUAGCCAGCAUUAAACGGGAAGAAGAAAUUGCUCUGCGAGAGAGGGACCGCUACGAACUAGAGAAAGGAAGUCUAAUCCGUGAAAUGAAACGCAUACGGGAUGAAGAUGGUUCACGGUUUAACAAUUUUCAGAUUCUAAACAAUCGUUAUGCCCUUUUAAACCUUCUCGGAAAGGGAGGAUUCGGCGAGGUGUACAAGGCUUUUGACUUACUGGAUCAUGGAUAUGUCGCCUGCAAGCUUCAUGGUUUAAAUGCUCAAUGGGCUGAAGAGAAGAAGCUAAGUUACAUGAGGCAUGCAAUUCGAGAGUGUCAUAUUCACAAGACCUUGGUCCAUCGCCACAUUGUUCGUUUAUGGGACAUCUUUCAAAUUGAUCCGGAUACAUUCUGCACUGUUCUAGAAUAUUGUAGUGGAAAAGAUCUUGAUGCUGUUCUUAAAGCAACACCUAUAUUGCUCGAGAGGGAGGCUAGAGUCAUUUUAGUUCAGAUUUUCCAAGGCCUUAUUUACAUGAAUAAAGGAGCACUCAAGAUUAUCCAUUAUGAUUUGAAGCCUGGAAAUGUUUUGUUUGAUGAACUUGGUAUUGCCAAAGUGACUGAUUUUGGUCUUAGCAAGAUAGUAGAGAAUGAUGUGGGAUCCCAGGGUAUGGAACUUACAUCCCAGGGGGCUGGAACGUAUUGGUAUUUGCCUCCGGAAUGCUUUGAGCUCAGCAAGACACCUCUCAUAUCAUCCAAGGUUGAUGUCUGGUCUGCUGGUAUUUUGUUUUAUCAAAUGCUCUUUGGUAGACGUCCUUUCGGACAUGACCAAUCACAAGAGAGAAUACUUGGUGAAAAAACGAUUAUCAAGGCACACAAGGUUGAAUUUCCCUCUAGACCUACUGUUUCUAAUGAGGCAAAGGAUUUUAUUCGGCGGUGUCUUACAUACAACCAGGCUGAGAGACCAGAUGUAUUAACCAUUGCCCAAGAUUCGUAUCUUGCUUACUCAAAGAAAUAGUGAUGUCCAUUGACAUGGGUUGUUACCCUCACCCCUACCAUGGGGAGGGAUAUCAUCUUCUAACUUCAGUCACUAAAUAUAUGUCAGAAUUUGUAUAGGUUGUAAAGAUUUUGUAAUCUUGAUUGUGUCAAGAGAAAGGAUGUUUCCUUACUCUGAAAAGCAUCCCUGUUGUCUUUCAUGCAUUUCUCAUUUGAUUGAAAAUAUUGGAGGUCGUGAUGUAUAGGUAGGUAGGUGAGUGAGAAGGUUCUCUUGAUUUUUAAUAUUUUUGCCACCGAAUUAUAGGAUUUUAAGGCAUAUUGAUAUUGAUUGGCUACUUUUUGUUUAAA